GAUCUAUAAAAAAAUAUUGUUGGUGGAGGAGAAUCACAAUAUUUUUCCGAGAGAAAAUCACGGAAACCGAUGUAGAUUCUCUAUCUCCAGGUUGUUCACUUUCUCAUUCAUAUAAAGAACAAGAAAGAUAGAGAUAGAGAGAUCUAAAGAAAGCUAAAAACAUGGAGUUUUUUUUGAAUUUUCUUUAAAUUCCCACGACUUUUCUCACUACGCAAGAAGAGCCUAUUUCUUCUCAGAUCUUACCUUUCCUUCAAUCUCUCCCAUUUGAAUCAUCAUUUUGUUUCUCAAAAACAAAAAAACAAAAAAAAUACUUUUUCUCUGCACUUGAGAACAAUGUGUAGUAACAACAACACAAGUAGUGGAAGCUAUGGAGAGUUACAGUUACAUGAUGAGUCCUCUGGUUCUUGUCGGAAGAAACAGAAGAAAGACAAAGUACGACGAAGAGGACCUGGUGUUGCUGAACUCGAGAAGAUCCGUCUUCAAGAAGAGUACAAACCUCCACUUUCUUCGUCUCCUUCAUUACCAAACAUUGAUCAUCAUCAUCACACUCUCUUUGCUCCGGCUAGUAGCGUCUAUGAUUUAGUGAUGACUUCUCCAAACUUUUCUUUCCCCGAGAAACUUGCGUCAACGUUACCGGUUUUCCCGAUUUCGUACGGAUCUUUGAUUCCUCCGGCGCCGAUUUUUCAGAGGAGCCAACAUUCUCUAAUGAUGAAUCUACCGAAUCCAUCUCCAGGAGCAGGAAGAUUUUAUCAAUUCAUAGAGCCCCCUUCAAACCAAAGAUCUUGCGUCGAUUCUGUGUCUCAGUUUCUUGAAGAAGAAAAUAAAAAGAUAUUCACUGCUAAGAAGAGGCCAUGGCCUUUUCUCACUGACACCACGAAACCUAGUGUUGGACCAACCACAACAUCAACAAUCAUAAGGCCGGAUGCGACACAAAACCGGUCAAUGGGUAUAACUCCGGUUCAAGAGACCGGUACAACAACUAGCAACCCCAUCGCCAUUGAUUCACCUACGUCCAUUCCACGUCAUUACCCGAGGUUUAUCCCGCUUGGUUUACAGGUAACUAAACUAGAGAUCAUUCUAUUAUAAUUUGAUUAAGUUGCUUAGACCGUUUCAUUAAACCAUCUUGGUUUUAGUAUGAACAACAACAACAAAAACUAAAAGACUUGGAUGAGACUAUGCAAUGGAGAAGUAAGAAGCCUUUCUACAGCUUUAUACCCUCUGGUGAUCCGAGCAAUGAUGACCAAGAACAACGACCAUGUGACCUAUUUGGAUCAGCUGCUGAUCAUGGAAUUGAUCUCAACCUUAAGUUAUAGGGAUUUUCAUAGCAAAAAAAAGUUAUAGAGAUUUUAGAAUCUGUCUCAAAUGUAGCUUAGGAUAUAUCAUAACUUUCCCGCAACUCGAUUAUUUUAUGAUUCAUCCACGAAUCAAGACAUAUUUCUUAAAUAAGAAGGUUUGUUGGUAACUCUGAAAAGUCUUGGUAAGACCUUUCACUUGAUUUUCUAAUGAAAACUACUACUUUUGCUAACAAUAGUAUGUAGAGUGAUAAGUUCUGUUGAUUUGCAAUACAAAAACAGAACAAAAUUCUGCCAUGAAAAAAUGAAGGAAAUUGUUUCUAAGG